GCAGAGGAUAGAACAGCGAGCUCUAUGGAUUACAAAAAAGGUCCACUCAAAGUGCUUGUGACAGGAGCAGCAGGCUUUUUGGGAUCGAACUUGGUCGAUUUCCUCCUGGAUAAUGGCCAUACGGUGAUUGGGCUCGACAGUUUUCAGAGUGGCUCAUCGCAAAAUUUGUGCCAUUUAGAAAACAAUCCCCGGUUUCAAUUUAUUAAUCACAAUAUCCAAGAUCCUCUUCCAGAACUUGAAGGAAUUGACCAGAUCUACAAUCUAGCUUGCCCAGCAAGCCCAGUCCAUUAUCAAAAAGACCCAGUGUCGACCUUGAACACUUGUUUCCUCGGUACUCAAAAUCUGUUAGAGCUUGCAAGAUCCAGAAACAUACGCAUUCUGCACACCAGCACCUCAGAAGUCUACGGUGACCCCUCUGUCCACCCCCAGCCGGAGCACUACUGGGGCAACGUGAACUCGUUCGGCCCACGAGCCUGCUACGACGAAGGUAAACGCGCCGCUGAAGCCCUCUGCUACGCCUACCGAGAGCAACACAACGUCGACAUUCGCAUCGCGCGCAUCUUCAACACAUACGGACCGCGCAUGGGCGCGAGCGACGGCCGCGUCGUUUCAAGCUUCAUCGCAUCUGCAUUAGCCGGUGAAGAUCUCAAGAUAACCGGUGACGGCACGGCAACUCGCUCAUUUCAAUAUGUUACCGACUGUACACAGGGUCUGUAUGCGCUCAUGCAGAGCGACUAUAGCAAAGGCCCGGUGAAUAUCGGUAAUGAUGGGGAGUUCACUAUCCAGCAACUAGCUGAAAUCGUGAUCGAGCUUGUUUCGCAAAUGACUGGUCCGUCCACCGUGUCUAUUACAUAUCUGCCGCCAUUAGUAGAUGAUCCGACGGUGCGUCGGCCGGAUAUCACGUUGGCGAGAAAGGUGUUGCGAUGGGCACCGGUUAUCCGGCUGGAAGAGGGACUGCGGAGAACAAUCGCGUGGCAUAUCAACGAGGGGCGGUCUGGCUGA